AUUUUACAUUCAAAUUAUUUAAGAAUAAAUAUUUCAUAACGUGUAUUUGCUUUCCGAGCAAAGGGUAUCUUCUAGUCGGUAACAUUCUCUCUCUUUUUCGCUUUGCCUGCUCUUGCUUAUUGCAUGCAUCAACGCCAAAUGAACGCCUAGCCUAGCUGCCCCACACACACACACAAACACACUCCCAAUAGUACACUGAGAGAAAUACUUUAGACAAAAUUGUACAGCUUGAAAUCAAGCAAAAGUAAACAAGAACAAUUUGCCAACAUGAAGAAAGACGAUCCCAUUAUGGAUGGGCCGAAGCGCAUGCAGAACGAGCUGAAGCAGAUGAUGGAGCAAAAGCAGCUCAACCAGCUGCAGCUGCUGGAGCCCGAGAAGGAUAACAUAUACAAGUGGUACGCCCUGCUGAUGCCCAAUACGCCGCCGUACGACAAGGGCGCCUUCAAGCUGGAGAUUGACUUCCCCAAGGACUAUCCCUUUCGGCCGCCCAUUCUGCACAUCAACACGAAGAUCUAUCAUCCGAAUAUCAAUGAGCGCGGCCAGGUCUGUCUGCCCAUACUGGAGCCGGAGCACUGGAAGCCGACGUCGCGCAUCGAGCACGUGCUGCAGGUGCUUAUCGCGACCAUUAACGAUCCACAGCCCGAGAAUCCAUACAACAUGGAGAUAGCCAGCCAGUUCGUUAACGAUCCGAGGAAGUUCUAUCGGAUGGCCGAGGCCUGGGUCGAUCGUUACAGCGAACGUCGUCCCACGGAACAGGAGCUGGCACGCAUUGCUCGCCGCAAGAAGAAGGCGGCAAUGCGUUAAAUAAAUUGAAUGCAUACUUCUUUUUUUUUUGCCAGUGUAUCCCACGAAAGCCAUGUAGUUCCA